GCGACGUAUUAAAAUGACCUGGCUCGAAACCAGGGGUGCGUACGCGAAAAACGUUACUCGAGUGCACCCCACUACAUUGGAGUAAGAGAGAUACUAGAGUGAAAUAAAGAGAGAGCAUGCGGGCGAUGUUCCCGAACGUAUCCCGGAAUUGGGAGUGUGAGACGAAAACAUUUAACCUUCAAUUUUUUUCGAAUGGUGAUAUAUCAUCCAUUAUGAUUAUUAUGAAAGUUAGCAGAUACCGGAGUUUGGUCUCGGUUUGGUCUGGAUAUUUUGAACGUUCAUGAGACAUUUAUACAUGUGAAAAUAAUCAAUUUAUAUUUAACUGUUUCACAGUAUUGUGUACAAAAGCGGUGCAAAAUUAUUGUGACUGAUAAGAAGUGAGGAAGUAUUUUAACAGUUUAAAGAAUGUUGUGUAAGGUAAAGCUAUUUCUAGAGAGCUACAAUAAAUUAUCAGAUUGGAAUUAACAAAUAGUGCAAAUUCGCUUUUCUUAUAUAUUACUUAUAUAAUUUGUUGAUACAAACUAUACUAUAUAUACAAGAUGUAUUUUUUAGGAUUAAAUUCUAUACAUAUUGUUGUAUUUUUCAUAACUUUAGUUUGUAUCACAUAUGGCAAAGAAAAUAUGGAAGAAUCGCUGGUGCAAGCUAAACUCAAAGAUGCUUUCAACCAAGAAAAGAGCGAACAAAUUUAUGCAGAUAAAGAAAAUGAUAAUGUAAAAAUAAGUGCUGAAGUAACAACAAACAUUACCGAUACUAUUUCAACAAAUAUUACUAAAGUUAACUGUUCAUUGGAGAAGGUCUAUGGUCCUGUUGAGAUUGUCAAUGCGACAAGACUCAUGGAAUUAUUGAUCCUGGAACCUGGACCAUCAAAUCGCUCAAGAAGUGGCAAAGAUAGCAAGCAAUUGCCAGGGACCUGUAUUUUAGUAUUAUUUUAUGCUAGAUCAUGCGUCUUCAGCAGUCAAGCCGCACCACAUUUCAAUGCCAUACCUCGGUCAUUUCCUUAUAUGAAAGCUGUGGCUAUCGAUGCCAUAAAGCAUCAAAGCUUCAACGCACAAUAUGGAAUAGUUGGAGUACCAACAUUGAUGCUAGUUCAUAAUGGCAAACCCGUCGCCAAAUUCAACGAUACAGUUUAUACUUUGGAAUCAUUUGCCAAAUUUGCAUCUCACUUGACAAAUUUACAAUCAAAUGGUUCAUUGUAUGUUACAUCAGCAGACUUCACUGGACCAGUUUCAAGCAUACCUUCUAACGAAACGGACUACUGUCUUGUUCUAUCAUGGAUAUUCAAUAUUGCUUGCAUGUUAUAUUUCAUAUCACGCAGUAGAUGGUGGCAGCAAUUUGUCGAAGUUAUUCAGAACACUUGGCGCGAGAGCAAUGCACAGCAUGAACACGCUGAUUAGAGUAUAUAGGCUUUUCCAUUAAUUAUUUAAAUUAUCUUUAAUUGAUUAUUUAUUCAAGCUUUGUGAGUAGAAAAAGUCGAGUUCGAGUUUGUGAGUCGAAAAAGUAGUAUUUUAUAUGAGUGUCAAUCUGGAAAAUUGUUUUAAAAUAUUAUAUAACGGUUAUCACGAAAAGAUUCAUAAAUAAGUUCCUAAAACUUACAAUUAAGUAAACAUUUCACUAAUUUGUACAAGUACUUUAUGUAAAUAUAAAAUAAGUGAAGGUUAAGAAAUAAAAGAAAUUACAUGAAAUGACAGAA